AAACAGUGCUGUACAAAAAUGCCAAGAACCUUUAUGUUUAUGUGAGCCGGUUUUGUUUAAGAGUCGUUUGACACUGGCUUAUGCCCCUGAUGGCAAGCCUGCAUUUUUUUGAUAAGUCACUUUCCUCUCACAUGAGAUUUCUUUAGAGAAACAGAACAACAUCCUUUGCCAGUUUCCUGUAACCAUAGAGAUAGUGAUUUCAGCCAAUCCCCAGCCAAGACCGAAGGGAAUGUUUUCCUGAACUCUCUAUGAAUUUCCUUCCGCGACAAACGUUCUCUCUCGCAUUUUUAGAGCGCAGCUCUCAAUCGUUACCCUCGUCUGGAAUACUUCUAUGGAAUUCUGUAGAAAAAUGAUGUUUUAAUUGAGCGCCAGGAACCGCCGCCAGGCACCGAUCCAGUUCCUGCAGUUGCAAACCACGUUCUCCAGAACAGAUGUUCAGCAACGGUCGGCUGCUUUCGCCUCUACUGAGACACCUCCAAAAGUGGAGUUUGCUGAAAUGCCACAGAAGAACCAUUUUGUUUCCCCAAAGAACGGUUUUUCAAUUAUAAAAUACCUUUUCAUGCAUGUUUAAGGUUCUCCAAGGAACCACAGAUACCAAUGAAGUGUGUGGUUGAGAAAUGCAUGUCUGAAAGUACACGGAUAGUAUCGCCUAAUGUUCUUCUCAGGAAGCCAUCUUUCUUUGAAUCAGUCAUCCAUGGGCUGUAAGACCUCAACUGUGCCCCAUGUUUGCGGGGACUUUGAGCUCAGUUUGGCUGUGGUGUUGAUGGUGUUGGCAGGGAUUUUUAUCUUCUUGCUGUUGUACUGGGUGCUCCUGCUGCGCCACAGGCUCCGCGUCGCACAGGCCGGGAACGCUCUGGAAUACUUCGGUUUCUACCGCAUGGCUCAGUAUGAUCUAAAAGAGCCCAACCCGCCCAUAGUGACCCCUUCUCCUCCCUCCCCACCUCCACCUGUCCCUUCUCUUCACGUCACUCCACCUCCACCGCCCAUGUUGUAUAUGUCCACCCCCAUCAUCCGCACCACCCCGCCCAGCCCUCUCCCGUCGUGCGGAGCCGGCUCGGACGCAGAGGUGUAUUCACGGAUCGGAGUCCUGCGACCCUCGAGGCUCUCCAGCGUGAGUCAGACCCAGGUGAUCCUGUUUGAACACUCUGCUCUUUGACGGACUGAUGCUUUCAAGAGCAAGCACAGCUGUCUUCAUUUCAGCUGUUUAAAGUCAUGUGGAUGUUUCGUCACAUUUAAAGUGUCUGGGGUAGAUCAGACAAGCACCCUCUUUUUAAACUCAUUCGUGCUUUCAGACGUGUUACAUUUAAAAGCUUGCAAAUGUGUUUCCCGUGUUAGGAAAAGUAACAGGAAAAGGGGUUUGUUUUGAAACAAACAUAUUCCUCUUUUUUUUGAAUCUGCCUUUGUAAUUUCCUUUAAAGGGUGGGAUUUCCUAAGGAGACUUUCCAUGCUUCCAUUGCUUUGUUCCUCCCUGCCUCUUAGGAUUUUAAUGUUCAUUGUUCUUUUGCUGUCUUUGCAAGCAUACGAAUAAUGUAAUGUAAUACGGUAAUGCCAAAUAUAUAAGUCUGUGUUAUAAAAUAAAGAAAGAAAUAUACACACACUAGCAUUCAAUAGUUGGGUUGUGUUAGUGAUAUGAGUAAUAGUAUUUUCUAUUUUCAUAUAUUUUAAAUUGUCAUUUAUUUCUUUCUGUGAUUGCAAAGCUGAGUUUUGCAGCAUCCGUUACUCUUCAGUGUCACAUGAUCCUUUUAAUAUACUGAUUUGGGUUUGAAGAAACAAAUAUUAUUUACUGUGUAUAUACACACACACACACACACAGACUAAAUAAAUUCAAAGAUCGCAGUAGCUUUGUAAAUUACAACACACUGCAGCUGUGCCCUUUGUCGUCUCUGAAAUGCAUAUGUUGUUCAUGUACAAACAUUCUAAGGCCACAAAGUAUAUCUGAAUAAUUGAUGACCCUUUACCAUUUCCCUUUCUCAUAAUGUAUAAUUCAGCAUUGUGAAAUAGCUGCGGGAUGAAUAUGAUAAUUGUGGAGCAAAAGUUCACAACCUUAUUUUUGACUGAAAACUGCAGGGGAUUUAAUAUUUUACUCACUGAAUAUAACAGGUCGAAAUCAUAUUUUCUAAACAUUUAAAGCAUUUUAAUCAGCUAUCACGGCAUUGCAUGCUUCUCACAGCUACUAUAAUAAUGACUAUCGUCUCUAUUGUCGUGUUUAGUUGCUUUAUUGCUCUGUCUGCAUAUAUGAUAGAAGAAAGCUGUCUUUUUUUUUCCUUUUUUGUUUAGAAAAUAAGUUCUGGUUUGUGGCUUAAAAUACUGAAGUAAUUCUUAAUUAGGAAACAAGCUAGAAGCUUGCUUUGCGCCUGACAACUGAAACAAGAGAAUGCAUAAAAUGAACAAACUAUAUUUCGCAGCAGUGAAAAUACACUGUAUUUCUGGAGCCACAAAUGCAAAAAUUGUCUCCUGAAGCAGAUGCGACUUUGAUUCUAGUAUCACGUACCGAUUCCACUUUCCCUCGCCUUCAUUUCCUGUCUCCUCUCAACUGUCUCUUUCAUUAAAAAUGGCAAAAAGCCCAAACCUAAAAUAGGAAUGAACAAUAAAUUUCAAGUGUGUGGAAU